AUGAGUGCUGAAGCUCUCCCCCCUCUGGAGUCGGGAAAGUUUAUUGCAGAGAACAGUCAAGAUGUGAAGGUGUUACCGGAUGGAGUCAAGAAGGCAGCAGGAGUGAUUUUUGAGAGUUUGAGGAAGGGAGACUAUUCUGUAGAACUGUGGAAGGGAGCAGGAGCAACAGAUGGGCACGAGCUCAACCCUAAAGUCAUGGACGAGAAGGCCGUGGACUGGAUCUUUCUGGUGGACACCCUGAACUUUUCCUUUUGGGGUGAAAGUGAAGACAAGAAGUACAAAGUCAAGUACAAGGGUCAAACAUACACGGGGUACUGGUCACUGUGUGCUGCUGUCAACAGGGCCAUGGAGGAGGGUAUCCCAAUCACCAACCCUGGUUACUAUGCAGGCAUGACUGAGAAGGAGCUGGCGUACCUCCUGAGGUCUGACUCAGACACGGACAUGCCCAUGUUACAGGAGAGGGUCAACAAUCUCAGAGAGGCGGGCCAGGUGCUCAAGGAGAAGUUUGAUGGCAGUUUUGUGAACUGUAUCAGGAAGUGUGGAGGCAGUGCACAGAAGCUCUUGUCCCUGGUGGUCUCCAACUUUUCUUCAUACAGAGACGAAGCAGUGUUCAAGGAAAAAACUGUUGCCAUCUACAAGCGAGCACAGAUCCUGAUCGCUGACAUCUGGUCGUGUUUUGAAGGCCAAGGUUACGGCUCGUUUGAUGACAUCAGCUCCAUCACUAUGUUUGCUGACUACAGGAUCCCUCAAGCCCUGCUGUACUUUGGAGCCCUGGAGUAUAGCCAAGCCUUGCUGGACAAGUGCAGUAACAAUCACAUGUUCACAUCAGGGGAGAGGGAGGAGGUUGAGAUCAGGGGCUGUUCUAUCUGGGCGGUCAAGGUCAGUACAGGUCAAAGUGCAAAUCCACAUGAAAACACACAACACAAACUGCCGCAAAAUAGUUCAUUUAAAAAUGUUUUAUUUUACAGGUCAUUGAAAAAACUCCUGGUGAGUACCCUGCACGGCUUGUUACAUCUCCUGAGUUACAAGCUCACCUUCAUCUAUGUUGAGCUGGCAGUCUUUGUCGUUAUAGAAGAGGACUUUCUUCUUGUCGAUUGGUCGAGUGAUGCUUCCUUGGCCAAAAUCACGACAAUGGAAGACAACACAAUGGUGAAAGAAGAGGAUCUGGAGAAGGCGGAAGUGGACGCCAUUUCUACGGCGGCCAAACACGUCGCUAACAUGCUACAGCGGCCGGACCAGCUCGAGAGAGUUGAGCAGUACCGCCGCAGGGUGGCCAGGAAGAAGGCUUCGGUGGAGGCUCGGCUGAAAACCGCGGUGCAGAGUCAGCUAGACGGGGUGAAGACUGGGCUGGGACAGCUCGGGACGGCGCUACAGGACGUGCAGGAGGUCCAAAAGCAGUUGAACGAAGGUGGAAGAGACGUACAAGAAGUGUCACGAGCUGAACGAAAGGUGAAGGAAGUAAAGGCGGUCGGAGCGCGCCAUAGUCAGCUUGCCUCCGCUGUAGAGAACCUCAAACACAUCUUCACUGUACCGGAGACGGUGGAGGAGACCCAACAGUUGAUCAACGAGAACAAGUUGUUGCGAGCCCACAAACUCCUGACGGACUUAGAGACCUCGCGAGACGACCUUCUUUAUGAGAUGCACAAGCUACCAUCCCCCAGCCCCACUGACAAUGCCCUACUGAGGCACUAUUUCGCAGAUGUUGGGAAACUCUCCGAUUCCAUGGCGAAACAACUUUGGUACAGUAUCUCCCGGGCCCUGAGCAUGGUACGGAAGGACCCGACCAUGUUGGUCACGGCAUUGCGUAUCAUCGAACGGGAGGAACGCACAGACAGGGAGAUGCUGCAGAGACAGAAGAUCACAGGCUUCCUUCCACCGGGCAGACCCAAGAAGUGGAGAGAGACUUGCUUCAAGACUUUGGAGGUGUCGGUUGCCACCAGAAUUGAAGGACACCUGCCAGAAACAAGGGACCUGAACAAGAUGUGGCUGGUGCGCCAUCUGGAAAUCACCCGCAAGUACGUCCUAGAAGACCUGAGGGUCGUGAAGGUUAUGUUCCAGCAGUGCUUCCCGCCCGACUACAACAUAUUCCAGCGCAUGGUGAGCAUGUACCACAACGCCCUGUCCGUGCAUCUUCAGGAGCUGAUCUCGGAUGAGCUGGAGUCUAACGAGAUCAUCUCCCUGCUGAUGUGGUACAACACGUACGAGUCAGAGGAACUGAUGGGGAACCCCGAACUGGAGAUCGACACAUCGCAGCUCACACCCCUGCUGACGGAAGAAACCAGAACAAAGCUCCAACAACAGUACCUGAAGACUCUGUACACUAACGUGACGAGCUGGACGAAGAACACCCUGAACAAAGACGUCAACGACUGGCAGCAAGACACGGAGCCAGAGGCGGACGGUGACGGCUACUACCUGACCCAGCUGCCGGUUAUUGUGUUCCAGAUUAUCUGGGAACAUCUGGAGGUGGCCGCACUGGUCAGCCCUCACCUGAAGCUGAGAGUGGUGGACCUGCUACUGGAGUGUGUCCUGCGCUUCACCGAGAAGUACCAAGAGGCCAUCACGACUUACAAGACAACGCAUUUCGAGGAUCGCAGUGGCUCUCUAUUCUUUACUGCCUACAUGAUCGCCAUCAUCAACAACUGUCUCGCUUUCAAGGAGUACACUCAGCAGUUGAAGUCAAAGCAUCUCGCUACCGACGAACUCCGUCGCGCGAGUCAAAAUCCAGGCCGUCAUCGAGCAGUUCAGCGACUGCUGAUCGAGGACGAGAUUUCACGUAUGUUGGCGGCGGACCCGGCAGCUAAGAAUGUGACGGUGAACGCCAUCCUGGUGGACAACUUCCUGUGGGACCUGCGCCGUGCCCGCCGGGCGGACAUGGACAAAAUGCCCUUCCACAGGAUCAGGACCAUCUUCUACUGA